AGCCAAGAGACGAUGGUCAAAUCAGUGCAAGUGUUUGGUCGCAAGAAGACCGCCACGGCAGUGGCAUACACCAAAGAAGGAAAUGGUAUGAUCAAAGUAAACGGAGUACCUAUCGAUCUUCUGGAACCUUCUGCCCUCAGAUACAAAGUGUUGGAGCCCGUCCUACUUCUCGGAAAGAAGAGAUUCGAGGGUGUCGACAUCAGGAUCAGAGUCCGAGGUGGUGGAGCAACUGCCCGAGUGUACGCUAUCCGACAGUCCAUCUCUAAAUCUCUCGUAGCUUACUACCAAAAGUUCGUGGACGAAACAUCGAAGAAAGAGAUCAAAGAUAUCCUUCUGAAUUACGAUAAGUCUAUGUUGGUGGCCGAUCCCAGAAGAUGCGAACCCAAGAAAUUCGGAGGUCCAGGUGCCCGUGCCAAAUACCAGAAAUCUUAUCGUUAAAUGUAUUUAUUUUUUAAUUUUAUUAUAC